CAUCCGCCUCCGCCUUUUAUUUGUCCGUUCCACUCGCUUCAUUUUCGGAAAAAAACUAAACGCGAACAUGGAAAGUGAUUCUUCACCCAAAGAACAUUCGACAAACACGACAAUUUCGAACUGUGUUUGGAAACUGCGACGAUACGGUCGAUUUCUCCCGAAAGGCAAGGGGAAAUCCAAAUCCACAGGUACUAACUGCGCGUGGAAGAUCUUCGAGUCCAGUGAAAGCACUGGCCAGCUGGAGCUGAAUAUUCUGGGCUCUGGUCAUCUGCUAGUAUCCCAAGGCCAAGAACUAUUGGAGGGCUUUUCUCUGCUCAAUGCGCAGAGCUUCCUGAAAAUCCAGCACAAAUCAGACAGUCUGCUAUUCAACAUUACAAUCAAGGGUGAGAGUCGUUUGAUCCGACUGCAGUUUGAUGGCAGUAGUCAGGCAGAAGCAGUUGGUUUUUGCAGUAAAGCUGUGCAAAGGCUGCAAGAUUACGUUCCUGUUCAGGAGCAUCUGAGCACACCUGCAUCUACUGCUCCAUCUGAUCCUGCAGAACCUGGACCGUCUAUACAGCAGCAGCAGGCCCCUGAAGAUGCACCACGGGCGGCCCCUGCCGUUGCCAUGGGACCGCUGUCAAUCAAACACCUUUCUCAGUACUUCCUGGGCGAGCGUGAGCUGUCCCUGCCGAUGGCGUAUCAUCAGUGCACGCUGCCCUCUGGAGACCUGGAGGCACUACUGCGCCUUUGCCUGCUCGACUCUGGUUUUCCAGCUUUCGUGGAGGAAGUCGAGAAGAAGCUGAAGGAGCUGAUGCAAGAAUAAGGUCAAAUAUGACACAUUUUCAUGAGAUUCUUCCACCUGUCAGCCAGACUGAGCAGUGCAGUGCAGUUUACCAAGUCUGGAAUACAGAUUUUAUAUUAAACAUUUAUUUGCAGUGCUGCCUGCUGAACUUUUGGGCUUUCUUAAUUUAUCAGCAUGUUUCCUGUUUAUUUUUAUAUUCUGAGGGAC